AGCAAUUUGGAGUACAGUGACAUUUAUUUUAUAUAAAAAAUUAUCUAUUGUGAAGAUUUCUUUUGAGUGAUUAAAGUAUGGAAGGAAGUUGUAAUUCUAGGAAAAAGAAAGGAGGACCUAAAGAUGACUUCAUUGAUUUGGUCUUCUCAUGGUCUAUACAAGAUAUUCUUGAUGAUACUCUAUAUCAAAAGCAGGUGGAGAAGAUUCCAGAAUCAUUUGAAUCAGUGGAUCAUUACCUGGGAUCGUUUGGCUUCCCUUUACUGGAAGAAACACGAGCUGAUAUUGCUGCUUCUUUGGAAGUCAUAAACAAUGCACCUUUUGGUGAAUUGAUCUCCUUGGAUGAGAUUGAGAAACCACUUGGAUCACUAUGUUUUAAUGUUAAGGUUGACUAUUGGAGGAAUUUAUCUGGUGACGGAGAGGAGCCUUAUCGAACAUUGCCUGGAGAUAUUGUCAUUAUCUCAGAUGCUAAACCGGAAACUGCUUCUGACCUUCUACGGCUUGGAUGGAAUUACUUUGCAUCUUUAAUUAGCAUUACUGAUGAUGAGGAUGAUGAUUUAACUGCAUCCACUAGUUUUAAAGUCAAAGUUGCGAGAGAUAUUGGGAUUUCUGAGGGAAUGCGAAAAUCGUUCUAUAUAGCGUAUUUGGUAAAUGUGCUACCGAGUAAGAGAGUAUGGCGUGCACUAAGUAUGAGAAAGAAUUUUAACAUUAUUGAGAAAGUUCUGUACUGUGGGGAUGAGAAACAGGACGAGGAUAAAUAUAACGUUUGUUGUGCAUCUAUUAAUGAUGGUCUAUCUGGAGAAGUUGUUAGUGAUAUGCUGUCUAAGUUGAAUGAUUCACAGGCUGAGGCAAUCUUGACCUCUCUUGAUUCGUUGAAGUGUCGUCACAAGCCUUCAGUUGAACUCAUUUGGGGACCACCUGGUACAGGAAAGACCAAGACUACGAGUGUCAUGCUCUUCAUACUAAUGAAAAUGAAGUAUAGAACUCUUACUUGUGCCCCAACAAAUGUAGCAGUAACACAAGUGGCUUCGCGAUUACUUAAACUGAUCAGUGAGUCAUUUAAAAAUCCUUCCACAGAAAUGGAUAUUUGUCCUCUGGGUGAUGUUCUCUUGUUUGGGAAUAAGCACGGGCUAAAAAUUGGUCAAGAUAUUACAGAGAUUUACCUUGAUUAUCGUGUUGAUAGGCUGGUGGAGUGCCUCGGACCGAUGACUGGUUGGAAACACUGUAUAAGUUCGACGCGCGGGUUUCUUGAAGAUUGUGUUUCUGAUUAUGACAUAUAUGUUGAGAAUGAGUUGAUCAAACUGAAGAAACUUGCUGAUAAAGAGGAAGCUCGAAAGGAAAAAGAAAAAAUCAGCUCAUUGAUUGAUUUUGCUAGAUCACGGUUUAAUUUAACAGCUUCGUCUUUGAGAACAUGCAUGUUCAAAUUCUGUACUCAUUUACCGUUAUGUCUUAUUCGGGAGGAGAAUUUUGAAAAAAUGGUACGCCUUAUCUCCCUACUUGAUUGUUUGGAGGGAAUGUUAUUUCAAGAGAAUGUUGGAUCUAAAGAACUGAGGGAACUGUUUUCGUGUAAACAAACAAUUGAUGUCUCUUCUGACACAUUUUUGGGUGAGUGUUCUUUACCUUGUUUAAGAAGCCAGUGCCUUGUUUGUCUGAAAGAUGUUUGCAAAUCUCUCGGAGAACUGAGUCUUCCUAGUGCAAUGAGUAAGGAGUUGAUUAGGGACUUCUGUAUACAAAAGGCUUCUUUGGUUUUCUGCACGGCUUCUAGUUCGUAUAGGCUUCAUUCACUGGAUAUGGAGCCCUUUGACUUAUUAGUCGUUGAUGAAGCCGCCCAAUUGAAGGAAUGUGAAUCUGUCAUACCUUUUCAACUACCAUGUCUGAGGCAUACUGUUUUGGUGGGUGAUGAGUGUCAACUGCCUGCAGUAGUUAAGAGUCAACUCUCUGAAGAAGCUGGCUAUGGAAGGAGCCUUUUUGAGAGACUCAGUUCGCUGGGUCAUUCUAAACUCUUGCUUAACGUACAAUAUCGCAUGCAUCCAUCAAUUAGUCAAUUCCCAAAUUCAGCUUUCUACUGUAAGCAAAUUCUUGAUGCCCCUUUUGUUAAGCAUAAAACGUAUGAGAAAAGAUAUCUUCCAGGAAGAUGUUUUGGCCCGUAUUCCUUUAUAAAUGUUCCAUUGGGUAAAGAAGAAAUGGAUGAUGUUGGACAUAGCCAAAGGAAUAUGGUUGAGGUGGCCUUGGUAAUGAACUUGGUGCGUAGCUUGUUUAAAGCUUGGAGUGGCUCCAAGAAGAAACUCAGCAUUGGUGUUAUAUCACCUUAUGCUGCACAAGUUUUGGCUAUAAAAGGUAAACUUGGGCGGAGGUAUGAUACCCAUGAUGGUUUCGAAGUUAAGGUGAAGUCAGUCGAUGGAUUUCAGGGAGGGGAGGAAGAUAUCAUAAUAAUAUCUACUGUGAGAUCUAAUUCAGGUGGAUCAAUCGGUUUCUUGUCUAGUCUACAGAGGACUAAUGUUGCUUUGACCAGGGCUCGGCAUUGUCUAUGGAUUCUUGGCAAUGAGCGAACAUUACUUGAGAGCAACUCUGUCUGGCACACAUUAGUUCUCGACGCUAAGGAUCGUCAGUGCUUCUUUCAUGCUGAUGAAGACAAUGACAUGAGGACAACAAUUUUAGAUGUUAAAAAACAAUAUGAUCAGCUGGAUGAUUUACUUAAUGCAGACAGUAUUUUGUUCAAAUCUCAAAGAUGGAAGGUACUCUUCAGUGACAAUUUUAGAAAAUCAUUUGUGAAGCUAAUGUCCUCCCGCUUGAGGAAGUCUGUGAUAAAUACUCUGGUUACGGUGGCCAGUGGAUGGCGUCCCAAGAGAAAGAAUGUGGAUUCAAUUUCUGAGAGCUCAUCUCAAAUUGUAAAACAAUUUAAGGUUGAAGGCCGGUUUGUCGUUUGCUCUAUUGAUAUUCAGAAAGAAUCCAUCUAUACUCAAGUGCUGAGGGUUUGGGAUGUAUUACCCUUGGAGGAGGUUGCAAAGUUGUUGAAACGUCUUGAUAACAUAUUUUUAAUGUACACUGAUGAAUUCAUUAAGCUUUGCAAGGAGAAGUGUCUUGAGGGGGAGUUGGAAGUUCCGAAGAUUUGGAAGCUUUGUCGUGAGAUACGUCAGUAUAAAAGCAUUUCUAGUGAGAGCCAAUUGAAUCAUGAAUCAACUGGUGCGGAAGAUGGUAGAAGUUGUGUUGAACAUUCAAGAGUCAGCGAAAGCUUGUUAUUGAUGAAGUUUUACUCAUUAUCAUCUGGUGUUGUCAAUCAUUUGCUCUCUGAUCUCCAUGGUGAAGCAUUAGAUCUCCCUUUUGAAGUUACUAAUGAAGAGAGGGAGAUAAUCCAAUUUAGUAGAAGCAGUUUCAUCCUCGGUCGCUCAGGCACCGGGAAAACCACAGUUUUGACCAUGAAGUUAUUGCAGAAGGAGCAACAACAUUACAAUUCUGUUGAAGGAUUAAAUAAAGCAGGGAAGCAAGAUGAGGAUAAUCAAUGUGUAGUAGAGGCUAUCAGGGAAACCCUGCGUCAACUUUUUGUGACUGUUAGUCCGAAACUUUGUUAUGCUGUCAAACAGCAGAUUUCUCAGUUGAAAAGCUUUGCUUGUGGUGGAAGUUUCUCAGCAGAAAACAGCUUGCUUGAAAUUGAUGAUUUGGAUGGGACGACACAGUUUAGAGAUUUACCGAACUCUUUUAUUGGCAUUCCUUACAUGAAAUACCCUCUUGUGAUCACAUUUCACAAGUUCUUAUUGAUGCUUGACGGAACAAUAGGUUCUUCCUACUUUGAUAGGUUCCAUUUGAAGUGGGACCUGUUUGAAGACAGAAGUUUGAGGUCAGCUGCUUUAAGAUCCUUCGUAAGAGAGAAGGAGGUCAACUAUGAAUGCUUCUGUAGCUCGUAUUGGCCUCACUUCAGUACUGUGUUGACGAAAAAUCUUGAUCAUUCAAGGGUGUUUACUGAAAUUCUUUCUUAUAUAAAAGGAGGAUUAAAAUCAGGAGAUUUUCAUGAUGGGAAACUCAGCAAAGAGGCUUAUAUUUCAAUGUCCGAACAUCGAGUCUCUUCGAUAAGUGCAGAAAAAAGAGAUAGAAUAUAUGGUAUUUUUCAGGAUUAUGAAAAGAUGAAGAUGGAGCGUGGUGAAUAUGAUAUAGCUGAUUUGGUUAAUGAUCUUCAUAGUCGGCUAAAGUAUCAGCAUCUCGAUGGUGACAAAGUAGAUUUUGUGUAUAUUGAUGAAGUUCAAGAUCUCACAAUGAGACAGAUAGCGUUGUUCAAAUAUAUUUGUAGAAAUGUCGAAGAAGGAUUUGUUUUCUCUGGUGAUACAGCACAAACAAUUGCUAGGGGGAUAGAUUUCAGGUUUGAAGACAUUAGGAAUCUAUUCUAUACCGAGUUUGUCAUGGAUUCAAAGGGUGAUGAAGUUUCCCAUAGAAAAGACAAGGGACAUUUAUCACCUGUUUUUCAGUUGCUUCAGAACUUCCGGACACAUGCCGGUGUACUCAAACUAGCACAGAGUGUAGUUGAUUUGCUUUGUCAUUAUUUCCCUCACUCUGUUGAUUUCUUGAAACCAGAAACAAGUCUUAUUUAUGGUGAGGCUCCGGUAUUGUUGAAGCCUGGAGCUGAUGAAAAUGCAAUUCUAACUAUUUUUGGGAAUACUGGAAGCAGUGGUGAAAAAAUGAUAGGUUUUGGUGCAGAACAGGUUAUCUUAGUGCGGGAUGAAUCCGCGAAGAAGGAAAUCUCUGGUUAUAUUGGAAGGCAAGCACUUAUUUUGACUAUUGUUGAAUGCAAGGGUUUGGAAUUUCAGGAUGUCCUGCUGUACAAUUUUUUUGGGUCAUCGCCACUUAGAAAUCAGUGGAGAGUGGUAUAUGAGUUUAUGAAAGGAAAAGGUGUAGUAGAUAUAUCCUUCCCAAAUUUCUGUGAAGAACGACAUGGUCUAUUGUGUUCUGAACUAAAACAGCUUUAUGUUGCCAUCACUCGAACAAGACAAAGGUUAUGGAUUUGUGAGUGUGUCGAAGAAUUUUCCAAGCCUAUGUUUGACUACUGGAGAGGAUUGUGCCUUGUGGAAACAAGGGAGAUAGAUGAUUCACUUGCACAAGCAAUGCAAACUUCUAGCACUCCGGGGGAGUGGAGGUCGAGGGGAGUGAAGCUCUUUUGGGAAAAGAAUUAUGAGAUGGCAAUCAUGUGCUUCGAAAAAGCAGGAGAAAGGAAUUGGGAGAAAAGGGCAAAGGCAGCUGGAUUCAGGGCAGCUGCUGAGCGAAUUCGUGAUUCGAAUUCCAAAGAGUCUUGGACCUACCUACGUCAGGCGGCUGAAAUUUUUGACUCGAUUGGGAGGUUUGAGGCAGCAGCAGAAUGUUUUUAUGAUUUGAGGGAGUAUGAACGGGCAGGACAAAUUUAUUUGGAGAAGUGUGGAAAACCUGAGCUGAUUAAAGCCGCCGAGUGUUUUACACUGGCUGGAUGCUAUGAGCAGGCUGCCAGAGUUUAUGCAAAAGGCAGUCAUUUCUCAGAGUGCUUAUCAGUUUGCACCAAAGGAAAGUGUUUUGACUUGGGCUUGCAAUAUGUUGAGUACUGGAAACACGAUGCUGCUCAGUGUAGUACAGUGGAUGAAAGAGAGACUGAAAUUGACAAAAUGGAGGAGGAGUUCCUGAGCAAUUGCGCGUUACAUUAUUUUGAGCUCAACGACCGAGUUUCCAUGAUGAGAUUUGUGAAAGCAUUCCCUAGAAUUGACAUGAAACGCAAUUUGUUGAAGUCUCUGGGGUGCCUUGAUGAGUUGCUGUUGUUAGAAGAAGAGUUAGGGAACUUCACUGAAGCUGCAGAAAUUGCCCGGCUGGAAGGGAAUAUUCUUCGUGAAGCGGAUAUAACAGCAAAGGAUGGGGAUUUUGGCAAGGCAUCGUCACUUGUUCUUCUUUAUGUUCUCUCUAACUCUCUGUGGAUCUCAGGAGGUAAAGGUUGGCCUUUGAAGUCAUUUUCAGAAAAAAAGGAACUUUUGGAAAAGGCCAUGUCGUUUGCGAUGCAUGGAUCCAAUUCUGAAACCACGUGCACCGUGAUUAAAGUUUUAUCAAACGAGUCAAGUGAUUGGUCUGGCUUGAAGCACGGUUAUGUUGCGUCUCAGAAAUGUAACAGUCCAAUCGGUGAAAUUUUGAGUUGUAGAAAAAUACUGGAUGUUCAUUGUGAAACUAACGUGGCAAAGUAUAUUUGGGAUGAUAAUUUAUCAGCCAAUGCGAUGAGUUCAGAAGAAUUGGUAUUAUGCAGCCAAGUCAGUGUAAGGACACUGCUUCACUUUUGGAAUUUUUGGAAGAAGACUAUCUUUGAUCUAAUAGAAUCUCUCCAGGGCCUUGAGAUUGAACACUUCGGAAAGUAUAACAUCUUAUGUAAUUUCUGCGUAAAUUACUUUGGUGCUAGGCAGCAAUUGAAUGAUCUUAAUGUUACAUAUGCACUGUUGCAUCCUGCUGCUGAAUGGGUGAAAAAAAUUCACAAAAGCUUCAUCCGACGGAGCAAAAAGAUUGUAUUUGUUGAUGCUCGGCAUUUUAUUUAUGCUGCUCGACAACACUGGCAUAGCGAAUUACUUAUUGUUGGCUUGAAGGUUCUGGAUACUCUCGAGUCCAUCUAUAAGUCGGCUGCAACUUCAAUGCCUCAUUUCCGGCAAAGCAUGUUCCUUCUAAACAUAUAUGAGAUUGCUAAAUUUUUAAGUGAGUCCAAGGAGCUUGAUUCUAAGAGUUCUCAGUGGAGACUACGGAAUUUCUUGACACUGUCAACAAAAUACUUUGAGAUAGCCUUUCCCCUUGACCCCCGACAAUCGUUGAUGGAGAAUAUCAUUUCUCUAAGGAGAACCGAGCUUUCCCGUGACUUGUUGCAAGAAUUCAUCCAUCAAGAUAUUAACACCAGAGGUCCUUUGAGCUAUGGACAGAUUGGAAGAGUGAUGAUCAUAUGGCUUGCCUCUGGAAAACUAUCUGAAGAUUUGUACAAGAAAAUUGUUGGAAGAGCUCCAACAGAAUCAUGGAAAUCAUUCAUGGAAAUUCUCAGCUGCAUUAGAGCGACAAAAAUGGAAGAAUAUCAAUCAGGCAAUGCUUGUGGAGGCAAAAUUUCCGAGUCUUGUUUAGUUGAGAAAUUUUAUGAAGCAUUACAAGAUACCUAUAAUGUGAACUGGAGCAGACUAAGUGACUAUAUCUCCCCUGGUUGUUUCUUGUAUCUUGUUGAGCGCUUUUUGAUUUUGGUGUCACAGUCUAAAGGGUUCUUUUUCACUACAAAAUCAUCAUUGGUGGAAUGGCUGAUUUCCGAGAAGUCUGAGGUCCUACACACUUCCAAGGUUGCUAUUAACCAACAGUCUUUGGAAAAGUUUUAUCAUUCUGUUCUUAUGAUGGUACAACAAUUCCUUUCUGAUAGAGGCCGUACAGCUCGAUGGAUUGAACGAUCGGGUAUAAAUUUUGAGGCAUACUAUAAGCUAUUGGUUGUGAGAUUGGUUGUUGUCCUAUGUUUGCUGUGUGUGAACAGUGGGAAAUACUAUGAUGUUCUUUCCUUUGUGCUCAGAAACAACAAUGUGAGGAACCAGCUUCCGAAGUAUUUCUAUGGCAUUCUUUCUCCAUGUUUGAAGCGGAAGUACUUCCAGAUCAGUGAAAUCGGGGAAGCAUUUCAAAUUGCUGGAGAUCCUCUUUUGUGUGUUAACCUGCGUGAGAAUACCACCAGAAAGCUUCCUAAUGUCAUUCAUGUGCAGUUGGGAACAAACUGCAAUAUAGAAGACAUUUUUGACUUGCUGUUUCUGGCUAGAAAUGAGUCACAAGCUCCUAAUUCCACAGUUUCGGAAGUCAUGACUCAUCCGGAUGCUACUUCUUCCUCGGAUUGUUCUGACCAACCAAAGAUUUUGACAGUGCCAUGUUCUGAAGUCUCUCCUCAGUCAGAGCAGAAUCUGCAACAAGUGAAUUGGGACUUGUUUCAUGAAGUAUCUGAUUUUUUUAAGCAUAUUGCCAGUGAAAAUGAUGGAACUACCUCAACUGUCGCUCAGCAGAUGAAGGAGGAAAUAAAUAUGCACAUAAAGUUCUUGACUGCUGCCAUUACUCCGCCUGAGCUGAAGAAGCCUGACACUGGUGAGGACAUGGCUGAGGAAGUGCAAAGUAUGCUUCAGGAACUCCAACAGCUCCAUUCAUUUUUGGAUAUGAGUAAUUUGGAAGUAGCAAAAGCUGAACAACUAUUGAAGAGCUUGCUGUCAAGAAAGCCCAAGAUUGAAGCUUUAUUGAACCAAUGCAUUGUACCAACAGAGAAGGAAAAAGGCAAUACAGUGUGUGUUGAUGAUGAGAAGAUUGUGUUGCCGUCUGUGGCUGCCACUGAUUCCGAAAGCAGUAACAAGGCUACUGAAAUCGGGGAACCAUUUCAAAUUGCUGGAGAUCCUCUUUUGUGUGUUAACCUUCGUGAGAAUACCACCAGAAAGCUUUCUAAUGUCAUUCAUGUGCAGUUGGGAACAAACUGCAAUAUAGAAGACAAUUUUGACUUGCUGUUUCCGGCUAGAAAUGAGUCACAAGCUCCUAAUUCCACAGUUUCGGAAGUCAUGACUAAUCCGGAUGCUACUUCUUCCUCGGAUUGUUCUGACCAACCAAAGAUUUUGACAAUGUCAUGUUCUGAAGUCUCUCCUCCGUCAGAGCAGAAUCUGCAACAAGUGAAUUGGGACUUGUUUCAUGAAGUAUCUGAUUUUUUUAAGCAUAUUGCCAGUGAAAAUGAUGGAACUACCUUGACUUUUGUUCAGAAGAUGAAGGAGGAAAUAAAUAUGCACAUAAAGUUCUUGACUGCUGCCAUUACUCCGCCUGAGCUGAAGAAGCCUGACACUGGUGAGGACAUGGCUGAGGAAGUGCAAAGUAUGCUUCAGGAACUCCAACAGCUCCAUUCAUUUUUGGAUAUGAGCAACUUGGAAGUAGCAAAAGCUGAACAACUAUUGAAGAGUUUGCUGUCAAGAAAGCCCAAUAUUGAAGCUUUAUUGAGUCAAUGCAUUGUACCAACAACAUUGAAGGAUUCAUGUGAGGAACAAGGUAAUACAGUGUGUGUUGAAGAUGAAGAGAUAGAGUCACCGUCUAUCGCGGCCUAUUCUGAAAGCAGUAACAAGGCCACUGAAAAGAAGCAGCCAAAGGGGAAGGCCAAGGCCAAGUCCAAAAAAUCUAGAAAGGGAAAAGGAAAAAAGUAGUAAAUCAUGCUAACAAUUUAGUCCUCACUUUUAUGAUUUUCUUCACUUUUUAUGCAAUCUCUUGUUGCUUUGAAUGCAAGGAAUUAAGGUGAAGUGAACUCUUUUAUGUUUUUGACAUGUUUUGUGUUAUAAAUGUGAUAUGGGCUGAUUUACUCAAAUGUCAUUUUUUAGGUUGCUAAU